GUUGAAUUGAAUUAAAUUAAAAUUAAAGUAAUUUCCACCACAUACAUUAAAGUGAAUCAGCUCUUUCAAAUUAGGAAAACUGUGGGGGAUUUUUUUCUUUUAGAAAAUACCAAAUACUAUUAACUAAUCGAAUGCCAAAUUAAAAUAAUUUCACCACGAAUAACCUGCCACCGGAAACGCCCCCCCACCCCCAUGCCGAAGCAGACAGGUGACGUUUUGUUGUAAGUUGUUAAUUGGAUUAUUCGAGUUGACUGGACGUGACUGGAUCGUCUGUGGAAGGAGAGAUCCCUGGGUGACGAUUCUCUACGAGCGUUUUUCUGUUUCUUUGAAGAAAAAAUGCCUCUCUUUAUAAACCGGGACCAAAUAUUUGCGCAUCAGGUACACCUGCUGGAGCACAAACUGAGGAGUAAAGAGGAGCGAAUACUGGAGCUGGAGACAGAGAACGCUAUUCUCCAUUUAAGACUUUCCGAGUGUUUGGGGAAACUGCGUCGCGACCAUGAAGAGGAGACCCUGAACCAGCUUCAGCACCACAGCAACGCUCAGAAGACAACCCAGUUGUCCCUCGCCAAACUCCUCGCUGAGGUCCAGGCGGUGAAGCUGGACUUAAGUGAACUUUUCGCAGUGUUCUUCAGUUUUUCCAGCGAGCUGGAGGAGCAGAGCAAGCAGCUGCUGGAAAAAGUAGAGCAGGCCAGCUGUUCUCUGAAUGGUCACCGUGGAGACGAGGUUCACACUUUACAAGCUGAUGUUGCAGCUCUGGAGCGCUCUCUGGAGGAGGAGAGGGAGAAGUGCAGGGCGGAGAGGCAGCGGAGGAAAGAACUGCACAACACCCUGGUGGAGUUGAGGGGGAACAUCAGAGUUCACUGCCGGGUGCGACCGCUUCUACCCUUUGACUUCGUCCCGUCCUCCACCUGUGGAUCACGGCCCACGUCAUCGGAAGAAGUGGUCUCUGUAAUCAGCAAUGACACUGUGAUGGUGAAUUGCAUAAAAACAGUGCAAAACAAGAUGUUUGAGUUUGAGAGAGUGUACGGACCAGAGGACUCACAGGAGGCCGUGUUUCAGGAGGUCAAGCCGCUCCUUACUUCCCUGAUGGACGGCUAUAAUGUGUGCAUCAUGGCGUAUGGGCAGACAGGCAGUGGGAAGACUCACACCAUGAUGGGAUCCCAGAACUCGUGGCCGCAGCAGGAGGCCCAGCAGGGAAUCAUCCCCAAGGCUGCUGCUGAGCUCUUUCGGCUGAUCUCUGAGAAGCCCGCCGAGACCCUCACGGUGGAGGUAUCGGUGAUGGAGGUCUACAACAACGAGGUGCUUGACCUCUUGGCCAGAGAUGCGCAGGGCAGCGGCGCCGAGCAGCGGCGGGAGGUCAUCACCGACCCCUCUGGUACCAGCCAGGUCACCUCCCUCACACACGAGCCUGUGCACAACGCCUCCGAGGUGAUGCAGGCCGUCGGCGGCGUGCUGAAGCGCAGGGCCCACUGUCCCACCCUCGUGCACGCCGACUCCUCGCGCUCUCACCUCAUCGUCACCCUCACGGUUUCCUCCAAGAGCCCCAACGCCCGCGCCCUGGCCCGCAAGCUCCAGAGUGCCAAGACGGAGAUGCGGCGCUCCGCCCAGAAGGAGUGGUGGAGCCCGGGCUGUCGCCGGGCCAACGCCGGCGCCCACCGCUCGUCCAACGACCACCUCUUCGCGAGCACGCCGUCCUCGCCGUGCCGCUCCCCUUCCCACUCGCCGUGUCCCUCCCCGAGGCCCAGCGUCUCUCAGGCUCCCUUCAGGACCAAGCUGCAGCUGGUGGACCUGGCCGGGAGCGAGUGUGUCGGCAUGUCUGGAGUUACGGGGGCUGCUCUGUGGGAGGUGUCCUGUAUUAACCGCAGCCUCUCUGCUUUGUCUGAUGUCCUGGGAGCUCUGGCCGAGCAGAGGCCACACGUCCCCUACAGGAACAGCAGACUCACUCAUGUGUUACAGGACGCCAUAGGCGGCGAUGCCAAGCUGCUGGUGAUGCUGUGUGUGUCUCCCACGCAGCGCUUCGUCACCGAGUCCCUGCAGUCUCUGGGCUUUGGCGCGCGGGCCCGUCAGGUCCAGAAGGAGCUACCGCGAAGGAAGAAUAACACCCUCAAAGUUAAGUGACCAGCCACAGAAUGCGUUUCACUAUUUGCAGAUGCUGCGGCAACUUAGAUCCGUAACGUUAUUGCCUCCUGCACAGGUCUGAGGGUGCCCUUGUUAUCAUGGUGGUUUAUCCUGUGUUAGAGAGGCCCUUCUUGCUUAAACUAGGAAACACAUGGGGGGUUUUGGCCAGAAGUAUAGAUCAAAUAUCUGAAGCCACAAAUAUUUGUAUGAUGCUUGAAUGCAUAACACAUUAAUAAGGUGUAGAUGACCUCAACAACUUCCAAGGGUGCUCGAUAGUGAUGAAUGACAAUGAAAUAACACAAAGGUUGGGUAAUGAUAAUUAGUAUGAACUCACGGUAUUUUGACGGUUCACCUUUCAUUUAACUGUAGUUUUAAGUCAAUGGUCAAGAGUCCUGUAUCAUGCAAAGGCUUACUUUCAUGCCAUGCCUUUUAGUAUUAUAACUCAUGUUAUUGUAUUCUGUAUCUGUAAUCAGCUUUUUUCUUUUGUUACACAUUAUAAAUCUUCCAAAUGCCUUGAUGGAGUAGUCUCAUUAGAAAGCGUUGUCAUCCUCUAAAAUAAACCGCUGAUAAGCAGAUCAUUUGUACCUUUUGUGGUUCUGUAUGUUCCAGGGAAAUGUGCUACUAAACCUCCUGUCCUUAGGUAAUUAAAACAGGGUUUGAGUAAUACGUUGUGCAGCCGCUCGUUAAAUCGACAAAGUUUAUGCUCAGAAUAGGCUUUCUACACAAACUACUUCCGCAGUGGGGGGGUUGUUCCAGUAAGAUGUCUGCCGCUGUGAAGAUUACACACGCAAUCACUUUAGCAUUAGGGCAAGAUUGUGUUUUUCUUAGCUUUUGUUCUACCAUGAAUUGUUUGAGCACAAUAGCUGUGUGAUGUAUUGUCGAAUGAGGGGGAAAAAACUAAUCCGGAUGAGGUGCACCAGCUAAUGAUUAUUUGCAAAAACUACUUUGCGUCUGUCGAAUACAGUUCAUUCAAGCUGAACGUGUGAAGUGUGUUGGAUUUCUUCGCACACCGGUGUGAAGCCUCCUCCUGCCAGUACGCUGCGAGGCGCCAUGACAGCUCGGCGCGAUUUACUCAAGUCAUAAUCCGCACGGACCCCGAAGCUGACAUGAAGUCACGCGCCACCUCGACACGAAAGCUCCAACGCCCAGAGCGUCUUUGAAACUGCACUCUUGCGAGGACAAGGAGUGACAGGAGGAGAAAAAUAAAUUAGAACAAGAGUGACAAGAUAAACAUGGAAAGUUCCGGAGCAGCCUCUGUUUAGACUGACAACUGGGAACAAAGAAGUGAUGGAGAAGGAGAGAGGAGGAG